AGAAGUGCUCGCUUGGAAAGAAACAAAGGCGAUGAUUUGGAGUAUAUUGCUGAGAAGAACAAGUCAGUCUCUGCAGCACCUUGUGCUCCUUCCACAACACCAUCUGGUGAGACUACAGAUGCUUUGAAGAGUAAAGUAGUGCUCAAAAAGGAAGUUCCCCUACCUCCUUCAUCUCUACCCGAUCCAAUACCAGCAAGGAUACCGCGUCCAAAAAUUAGCAAAUACGCUGUUCCGGAGGAAAGCGCUGAAACACCAGAUGAAGAAGAAGAGGCAGCGGAUCGUGGCCCCGCUCAAAUACGCAGGUACCGUAUUCGCCUUACAAGACAGGAAGGCAAGUUUAUCAUUGCAUUGCGACCAAAUCGAUAUAUUGAUUUUCCGUGCUUUAGUGAGUCUGACGAAGAUUCAGACGAUUCCGAAGGUAGCUAUGAUACUCAUGAAGAUGGCGUAGAUCAUGAGGGACUGGGCCCUGAAGUACGUACAACAUGA